AAAGUCACUCGCUUUUGUUUCUUUGUCUAAAAAAAAUUCAACUACUUUUAGUUGAAAACUCCAAAUUUCAAUUAUGAGUGAAGGCAAGGACAGUCAUCAUCACCACCAUGAGGAAGGGCAACCACCCCCACCACCAGUAGUAGCUGAAUAUGGUACUUUUCAACCACCUCCUCAACCGGUAGUCGGUUUCCCUCAGCCAGUUCCUCCACCUGGGGCACUUGAACCUUCUGAAUACUAUGCUCGGGGCUAUCAGUCUGUUCCAGGUUAUGUGGUUGAUGAGAGGAGACCUGUGAGAGAGCCUCGCCUUCCUUGCUGCGGUAUUGGUCUUGGCUGGUUCUUGUUCAUUACUGGUUUCUUUCUUGCUGCCAUCCCUUGGUAUGUUGCUGCAUUUAUCCUGCUUUGCACUAGAUCAGUUGAUCAUCGAGAGAAACCAGGAUAUGUUACAUGCACCAUUGCUGCUGUUCUGGCAGCAAUUGCUCUCGUAUUUGGCUUGACAAGGAUAUAAUUAGCAUACAUGGUGAUCAAUUUGUAUGGAAUACUCGUAUGUGUGCUAGCUAGAUGGCUUGAUUAAUGCACAUUUAUUCAUAACAUGUCUGUAAAAAAAUUGCAUAUAUGUUUUAUUUAGAUAUUUAUGUGCUUCCUGUAUUUUGAUGAAACCAUUCAAAACUGUUCUUGUUUGACUAGGAUUUGGUUAUGAGAGUGACUGCUUUAAACAUGGCCACGAAAAUGCACAAAGGUUUCUAUUUA